CCAGGGCAGGCUCACCCCGCCCAGCGCCGCGCUCGGGGCCCAGCGCGCAGUCCACGCACCCACCCACGCAGCCGCCAUGGGCAAGGACAAGCAGCCCCGCGGCCAGCGGAGGCAGGGGGGGCCAUCGGCCGCGGACGCCACCGGGCCCGACGACAUGGGGCCGAAGAAGGGCAAGGGGGCCCCCAAGGAGAGCGGGGAGGAGGAGGCCCGGACGUGCUGUGGCUGCCGGUUCCCGCUGCUGCUCGCCCUGCUGCAGCUGGCCCUGGGCAUCGCCGUGACCGUGGUGGGCUUUCUCAUGGCGAGCAUCAGCUCCUCCCUGCUAGUCAGAGACACUCCAUUUUGGGCUGGGAUCAUUGUCUGCUUAGUGGCCUAUCUUGGUUUGUUUAUGCUUUGUGUCUCAUAUCAAGUUGAUGAACGGACAUGUAUCCAGUUUGCUAUGAAACUGUUAUACUUUUUGCUGAGUGCCCUUGGCUUGAUGGUCUGUGUGCUGGCUGCAGCGUUCGCUACCCACCACUAUUCACAACUCACCCAGUUUACCUGUGGAACCGCACUCGACUCCUGCCAGUGCAAACUCCCCUCCUUGGAGCCACUCAGCAGGACCUUUGUGUAUCGGGAUGUGACUGACUGUACCAGCAUCACUGGCACUUUCAAACUGUUCUUACUCACCCAGAUGAUUCUUAACUUGGUCUGUGGCCUUGUGUGUGCAUUGGCCUGCUUUGUGAUGUGGAAACACAGGUACCAGGUCUUUUAUGUGGGUGACAGGAUGUGCUCCCUGACAACUUCCGAAGGCCAGCAGCAAAAGGUCUAACAUUCUUGCUCAAAUAUGGGCGAGAACACAGCACAACGACAAGCUGAGGUUAA